AUGCCCAUCCUGCCGGGUGUCGUACGGCCGCCUGCGCUGGUGACGGAGUACCUUGGCGCGGGCAGUCUGCGUGCCGCACUGACCCGCGGGUCGGACUUCCUGCGUAGCGACAUGGUGCGGAUAAAGUUGGCGCUGGAUGCCGCCCGGGGGAUGGAGUACCUGCACCUCAAACGCAUCGUCCACUUCGAUUUGAAGACGGGCAACCUCCUGGUGGGCUUCAGAGAGAAGUCGCCCACUUGCAAAGUUGCGGACUUCGGACUGUCAAAACAGCGACAACAAACAUACGUUACAGGUGGGCCGUGCGUCACCUCGCUCCGCGGCACGCUUCCCUGGACAGCUCCUGAAAUCAUUCGUACACCCAAGGCGGUAACGGACAAGGCUGACGUGUAUUCCUUCGGUGUGGUGAUGUGGGAGCUGUGGACGUUCAGGGAGCCGUACGACGGUCUCAACUACCACGCGUUGCUGCACCAGAUCUCCAUGUCCACCGAACCUGUGAGGCCCUCCAUUCCAGGUGGAUGUUUAAGGUUUAGGGAGCCCGCUCCCGGCUGGAUGGGCCUUAUGUGCCGCUGCUGGGACGAGAGCCCCGACGCGCGGCCGCCGUUUACCUGCGUGGUUUCGGAGCUUGAAGUCAUGCUGGCAACUGCCAAGGCCAAACGCCGUGCCACAAGCGCUUAA